AUGUCUCCAAUAGAUGUGUCUGAUGAAACGAGGGUGAAGAAAAGUAUAUUCAAUAGCUCGAUUGAGGACAAACGGCUUCACUGGUCACGUCUGCAGCGGUUUAAAACAACUCAUCGAUUGUACAUAUAUUUGAUGGGUUCGCUAGCCAUUCUCCAGAUCAUUGCAAUCAUGUUUUUCGCCAAAGGAUUUUUACUGACGCGGAAUGUGCUGGACGACGUUGCAACUGAUGUGCUAUCUGAACAAAAAUUCAGCAAAUGCGUGAUAUUAGUGAUAGAUGCUCUAAGAUUUGAUUUUACAAUACCCGUCAAUUCUGCCGAUCAUAAGUAUAACCCCAAUUACCACAACAACUUUGAUGUUUUCCACACAUACGGCAAUGAGAGCUCUUCCCUCCUCCUGAAAUUUUUGGCAGAUCCUCCUACAACAACUCUACAGCGGCUAAAGGGCCUCACGACGGGAUCUUUGCCGACCUUUAUAGAUGCAGGAUCUAACUUUGACGGCUCAGUAAUAGAGGAGGACAACAUAAUCAAGCAGAUGUACCUCCACAAUAAGACGGUCUAUUUUGCUGGUGACGACACUUGGGAUGCCUUGUUUAAGCCCUUUCUCUCUCCCUCUAGUAAACCUUUCGAGUCGCUCAACGUGUGGGAUCUAGACACUGUAGACAAUGGGGUUAUCGACUUUUUUGAACAGCAUCUUUUGGCGGACGCAGCGAAGUCCAGCAACUGGGACAUCUUGAUUGGACAUAUGUUAGGCAUUGACCAUGUCGGACACAAGUAUGGACCAGAUCACUUCACUAUGAAGGAGAAGCAGCUUCAAGCAAAUGAUUUCAUAAAGCAGAUUUGCGGUAAGAUUGAUGACGAUACUCUAUUGGUGGUCAUGGGAGACCACGGUAUGGACCACACUGGUAAUCAUGGGGGCGAUUCUAGAGCGGAAUUAGAGGCUGCUCUAUGGCUUUACUCUAAACAGCCAAAAAUGUGGAGAAAUUUUGAUUCGUCAUAUUACAAUGUAACCUCUCUUGGUGAAAGCUACCGCCAUGUACACCAGAUAGAUCUAGUCCCUUCCAUCGCGCUUCUUCUCGGCUUACCAAUUCCAUUCAAUAAUAUAGGCUGGCCUAUCGAGGAAAUUGCUCGUACUGGAGAAGAUCUGGAUAGCUAUCGUCGCAUUACUGUGAACCAAAUCAGGGACUAUAACGAGGUUAGCAAAGUUAUUAAUGAUCCCAGGAAAAAAGAAGAAUUAGAAGAACUAUGGAAUAGCGCCCUUCUUGACAGCUCUAAAGCUUAUGAAUAUCAACAACUUUUUUUGGAGUCAUGCAAAGAUUUGUGGGCAAGAUUUGACUAUUCUAGUAUAGCAACAGGAAUAGCGCUAUUAACAGCCUCCCUGGUUUUACUCAUUAUUAUUACAAAACUGAUUCCCUCAAUUGUAAUUGGACAAAUGGUUUCAGAGUUUGUUCCAUCAAUUACUAUAAUCUCGCUAAUUUCAAACGUUUGUUUCAGUGGAAUAUUUUACGUCCUCCACCAGCCUGCAUUCCUUGGAAACUGGUUUUGGUGUUCACUACUAGCAACAGCUAUUGGGAUAAUAAGUGGAUGCUUGAUCACAAUUUUGGAUCGCUACAACGCUAGCUGGCUCUGUAGAAAGUUUGUGGAAGACUUGUCCGAUUACUGGUCGAGAAUAGCAGCCCUUUUUAUUACUCUGCAUGCCCUACUUUUUACUUCCAAUUCGUUCACGAUCUGGGAGGAUAGAAUUGUAGGGUUUUUUCUGGCUACACUGGGCUUGUUAACACUCUAUGAAUUCACAUUUUUGCCAAAAAGACGGCUUACGACCGCUUUAUUAGCGGCAGCCAUGGGUGAAAGAAGAAACUCUGCGCAGGGAAAGCAGCCUUUAGAAUCCAUCUCUGAAUCUCCUUUAGGGAGGUUUGCUCGCCUGGUGGGUGCUUACCAUUCAGUCGUUCUAAUUAUGUGCACUAGACUUGCUUCUACGAUUACGAUUUGUAGGGAAGAGCAAGGUGAGUACUGUCAGGCCACUUUUACUACCGCAAACAACUAUUCUUAUUGGAGUUUGCUACUCUGUCUCGUUGUUAUCGCAUUUUUACCAACCUGUGUCAAGGGCUACUACAACGUUUGUUCAUCUUAUCAGGCGGCAGCACCUAUAUGGAUCGGCCAAUUUCUGCGAUGGGCUUUACUAGUGAAUUUCGUCUAUUGGGCCAUCUGUGCUUUGGAAAACACUAUCCCGGGCUUUUCCUGGGAUGUCAAAAUACUAAAGCUGACGAUAUCGAGAAUUAUCGCUGGCUUUUCACUAAUUGCGGCUAACGUUGGCUGGAUGAUGGGACCGCUUUGUGUGAAACUGAACAUACAUAAUAAUGAUGUUAAGUCACAGCAGGCUACCAUAUUAGGCUACACGAAUGUAUAUGGAUCUCAGUUUUUUUUGUUGGUUAUCAACUUCUUACUGUGCAUAAUGUUGUUCAACAAGCCGCUCGCCCAAAUAUCACUGUUUCUCAUGUGCAACCAGCUUCUUUCGUUGUUGGAAAUAUUUGAUCUUUUGAAGUUGAAGGAAAACCUCAUCGGCCCAGUUGCCAUGGGUUUACUAGCAUAUCAGCAGUUCUUCUCUACUGGACACCAAGCAACCAUUCCUGCUGUUCAAUGGGACGUUGGGUUUGUAUUGACGGAACGCAUAACAUUCCCCUUCACGCAUCUGGGAAUUACUAUGAAUACCUUCGGCCCUCACAUCCUAAUAGCAUUGUCUGUUGCGUUGCUUACCUUGUGGAAACAGCCACCUACUGUUUUAAAACCUCAAACACUCCUGGCUCGUGUCGUAUCUAACUGUGGUAUGCUCUUGAUAUACAACACAGUCUUGUGUCUGAGCUCUUUUGUCUGGGUUACGCAUUUCAGAAGACACUUGAUGGUGUGGAAAAUUUUUUGCCCUCGAUUCAUGUUUGCCAGUUUGACUUUGAUUGUCAUUCAGGUGGUAAUCGUUUUAGUCACCAUAGCCUUCGCUAGUGGCAGGCUAAUCAGACAAAUCAAUAACUUAUUUUGGAAAUGA